AUGCAAAACAACACUCAAAAGCUCAAGUCCGUACAACAACUUCGUGAAAAUCAACCCUACAAUGGAGUAUUGCUGGAGUGUAUCCCCAGUCCUGUUGUAUUUGAAAAUUAUGAUGAGUUUGGACAAUAUGAAAUGAUUGUAGAGGUGUUGAAUCGGUCUGCAAUUCCGACUGCUAUUAGAUUGAAAAAUCAUUCAAAUAAGUUUUUCAAAGUGAAACGGGUCGAUGCAAGUGAGGGAAAAAUAGCUCCGGGUUUAUCAGCCAAGAUCUUGGUUACAUUUCAUCCGGAUUCUUUGUUGGAUUAUACUGAACAAAUAUCAAUAAUUAGUGCUUCAAAGGAUGAGAUAAUACUUCCGUUACUGGGACGAAGAAAACGCCCUCUUUUAACGCUCCCAAGAAUAAUUAAUAUAGGACACUGUUUUAUUGGGACCGAAAUUAGUAAGGAAAUCAAAUGUAAAAACGCGGGAGGAAAAGGAAAAUUCUUAUUUCAAAAAUGCUUUGAUCCAACAACAAACAUUCGAUUUUUAUUUUCUUCCCUUAACGAAGUUGAUCAUUCACAAAUAAUUGAACUCUCACCGUUUCUAAUAUCUCCAAAAUACUUCUCUCUGGAAGGAAAUGAAGAAAUACCUAUAACGAUAACAUUUAGGCCAGAAGCGGUUGGAGAUCAUGAUCAAUCUCUAUUCGUUAUUUUUGAUAACGAACAAAUUUUCGAAAUUAAGAUCCGUGGAAUUGGACAAUAUCCAAAUAUUGAGCUAUGUGCAAUUUCAAAUAUUGCGAAUUUUGAUAGAAAAAGCCAUCCGUCGUUGUUAUGCUUUGAUAAUAUCUAUCCUUUUCAGAAAUCUCCUCCCCAAUAUCUAACUCAUUAUAAUGACAGCGAUAUUGAAGUUGAGUUUGAAUGGAGAUAUAUCAAUGAGUACACAGAUGUUCCUGUACAAACACAGAGCUUGAACUUGCCCUUUUCAGUUAAGCCUAGCAGUGGUAAAAUUGGCCCAAGGCAGCACAUCAAUUUUGAGGUUAGAUUUACUCCUAGAGAAUUAGGAAUAUAUUCUGGUUACUUUAUCCUUUUCUUGAACAAUGUUCCAAUUCCAGCUUCUUGCGAUCACCCUUUCUUUUAUUAUUACAAAGCAGGGUUCUCUUGGUUCAAAAAUAGUAUUUUGAAUUCAUUAACGACGUCAGACCCUUUGAAAUAUUUCACAAGCUACGAAGUUGAUGUUAACUCAAUCGAGGAGGAGCAGAGACAAACAGUAUUUGGGGCUGAAAAAAUUGAUGUUAUUGGAAGUAUUCCUGUAUUUCAUUGCCGAGUUCAUGGCGACACCUCAAAGCUUGAUGUGACAGUGAGUCCGCCCAUUGUUGAUUUCAGUAACAGUUUAGAAGUGGGUGCGGUCGUUGAAAAGGAUCUUAUCCUCACAAAUAAUUCGGAGUUUGAGGCAAGGUUUAAAUGGCUGAUUGACGUUAACGAGGACGAUGGCCUUAUCAUUGACUUUGUUCCACCAUCUGGUUCCUUACUUCCAAAACAAAGGAAUUCUGUUAAAUUACUGCUCAAGUGUGAUAGAUAUCAAUCAUUCGAGAAAAGUUGUCUAUGUGAAAUUGAGAAUUCAGACAGUAUUGAAUUUUGUAUUAGAGGAGGUACAAAGCCACAAACCCUAAGAGUUGACACUCCAUGUAUUGACUUUGGAAUUGUGGAAACGAACAAAAUUGUAACGGAUUGUAUUCAGCUUACAAACACUUCUCAACAAGAUUUGUUUUGGGAGCUAGCCACAGUGGAAAAUGAUGCUAUAACCUGCUCUCCAAAGCUUGGACUGUUGAGAGUUGGAGAGUCUGUUCUAGUGAAUGUUUCUAUUGAAUCCUUACAUCCUCAAAUCAUCAAACAUUCUUUAGCGUUUAAGGUUAGAGAUGGGCCCCCUCAAUUUGUCGACGUGCAUGCUGAUGUGCAAGAGCCGAAAGUAAUUUUGGAGAAAUAUUACUUUGAUUUGGGAAAUAGCAUCAAGGUGGGAGAUGAGGUUGAGAUAAAAAUUCAUAUGAAGAACAUUUCACAGAUAAGAGUAGAGUAUUGUUGGUACGAUUUGGGUCAAAUUGCUGCAGAUUCAAGAGGAUAUGAAAUACGACUGGAAAAUGAAAAGGGAGAAUUGCUACCAGAAGCGGAAGGUUAUACAACCGUGAUUUUGAAAGCAUUAUCACCAACACCAAAUCUGGAAGAAGUGUUUCCUUGCUUUCUACAGGAUGAUAAAACAAAAUUCAUGGGAAUUAAGGUAAUAGGAAGUAUAAUUGAAUAA